AGAAAAAUGAAAUGACGAGUACGUGUAGAAUUCAAACGAGAAGACGAGAUGGUGCGUUUCUCUGGAUGCCAAAUGAAAUUAUUGUGAUGGUGCUGUAUUCGCUGCGACGUGAAUCUUCUCGAUGAAGAAUCAAUAUUGUUUUUAUUUUCCUGACUGCAAGCGAUUCUUGAUAACAAUUUUUGACACGACCGAAGGGCUAUGGUUAUCUAGCGAGACUUUUCGCGGCAAUCAAUUCGUUUCUGUCCGUUCCAGGCUUCUUCAAUGUAUGUUUUUCCACCGACCCUGAAGUCCCGCUUUACUCCUGAUCUUUCUUUCCUGGUAAGAAGAGCAUAAGUCUUAUUUCCCCUCCGCAUUAGAGUUAGACUUAGUCAAAUGGCAUGUUGAAUUUUGAGACCCUAUGGUCGCUGCGAGUCUAGCAGUUUUUUUUGGAGGAGAUUGAAAAAAUGUUGUCGUAAACUAAAGGAUCUUCAACCUCUAGUUUUUACGGUCACUCAGAAGCAGAUCAGUAAAAAAUGGCUUCCUCGCUGAUUCAGAAUGCUCCUGCGGAGCCGAGCUCUGCCUCUGCCCGUCAGGAGGCAGAGAAGCGUUCUGCGGGGAAGGCUGCUCCCGAGAUCGAUGCAGAGACAGGUCAAAUGAUCAAUCCGCACAACCCCGCGUUUAUCACCAACGCACCAUGGUACCUGGCUCAACAAGGGAGCUCACUGAAGCAUCAACGGAACUGGAAGGCAGACGGAGCAAAUGCCGGGAACAGUCUCGCGUGGUAUCAGAGGGGGACAAAAGGCGAUGUGAAAACGAAAUUUGUCAAGGGAGCAUGUCGAAAUUGCGGAGCAACGACGCACACGGAGAAAGACUGCAUGGAGCGACCGAGAGCUUCGAAAGCUGUCUUUACUGGCGAAGACUUGGCACCAGAUGAAUACGUGCAGGAAGGGUACGGAUACUAGGCUACAACUUUUUUUGCUGGUUGCGGGAGUACGGCACUCUGCCCUAGCUUUUAUAAAAAAUCCAUCUGAUUUAGAUUUUCUUAGGAGCUAAACCUCAUGAUGAGAAACUCAAUGAUUCUGCAAUAACUUCCUUGUUGCUCCUAAGGACUGUGUUGAAGAUUCGUAUUGGUUCUAUAUCAAAAAUGCCCUCGUCGUCAUUUCAUUUCAGGUUGCAAUUCGAUUAUGAUACGAAACGCGAUCGCUGGAACGGCUUUGAGGCUGAGGACUACACACGCGAGGUGAUCGAGAAGCACGCUUUGCGAGAGGAGGUGAAACAGCGCAAGCGUGAGCAAGAGCAGAAGGCUGCUCUCGCGAGAAAAAAACUGAAGAAGAAGCAGAAAGAACUACGACGACAAGAACGGAGGAAUCGUUUAGGCAAUGGAACAACUACAGGCGGUGACGAUAGGGACUCCGACUCGGAUAGCGACAGUGACGCAGAUAGUGAUAGCGACGAGGAGGGCGACAAGUUGAAGGGCUUCGAAAACGAGAAUUCAAGAAUGACGGGUAGCAAGGACGAUCGUCAGCGCACUACGACACGAAACUUGCGUAUUCGAGAGGACACGGCGAAAUACUUGUUGAAUUUGGAUGUUAACUCAGCCUACUACGAUCCGAAGUCGCGGUCGAUGCGUAUGAACCCGCGAGCGGACUUGCCAGACAGCGAACAGCACGCUUUUCGCGGCGACAACUUUGUGCGCACCAGUGGAGAGGCAAACGAGGUCGUACAACGACAGUUGUUCGCUUGGGAAAGUUAUAAACACGGCUCGACCGAAAUCCACGACCAAGCAGCGCCAACACAAGCUUCGAGAAUGCACGAAGAGUUCUUGAAGAGAAAAGAAGAGCAGAAGAACGCCAAGCGAAAUGAGCUGUUGUCGAAGUACGGAGGUGCGGAGCACUUGGAUGUGAAUCCAGCGUUGAUUUUUGCGCAGACCAGUGAUUAUCAGGAGUACAGUCGGAGUGGCCGCGUGCUGCACGAGCGACGGAGGGCAUUGGCCAAAAGUUCGGUUUAUGAAGAAGACGUAAUGGAGCGAAAUCACACUAGUGUUUGGGGCAGUUGGUACGACGUGGAAACUGGGAAGUGGGGCUUCGCAUGCUGCCACAGCUGUGUGCGAGAAAGCGACUGCAUUCCACUAAAGGAACAAGAGACAACUGUCAGCAAAACAGAAUCUUCAUCUACUUCUUCACCAAAACAACUUGUUGCAGGAGAAGGUGCAGCAUUUGCGUCGUCACCUAAACUUGGGGUAGCGCCAGCCGGAACAGCGUGGUCAUCUUCUGGUGGUGAUCCGUCAACAUCUUCGACUGCAGUGGUAUCUUCUGCAACAUCAGCUGAUGCGCAGUUACUAGGCAAGAAAGAUCCAUCGGCAGAUGGGAAAGAGCGGUUGUUGCCACCAGAAGAUGGUGCAAAGUCAGAACAACCAUCUAGUCUGGAGGCUUUCCGACAGCAAUCUAGGUCUGAAGGAGCAGAGAAUAUCAUAGUCGGGGAAGAAAGUAAAGCACCGGCUGUCCCUCCGAAAAACAGUAGUACUAGCAGUAGUAGUAGGAGUAAAGAUCCGGAUCUCAUUUGUGAAGAGCUCAUAGAGCCGGUGGAGCCAGUCGAACAGGAAGCUGGAGAAUCGAUGUCGUUUUUUGGAGCAACCACCUCAGCACCUGACGCAAAUGGAGGUGGAGGUGAUAGGAAGAAGAAGGAUAGUACUGGAUUAGAGAAGGAUGAUUCCUCUGAAAAGCGUGGUCGAGAAAAAGCCAAAGCUUCAAAGAAGAAACGAAAUCGCUCAGAUUCGUCUUCAUCGUCAUCUUCGGACUCUAGUUCAUCAGGCGAUUCAAGUAGCGACUCAGAGGAUGAGAAGCGAAAGAAAAAGUCCAAAACUUCUGGUAAGCCCUCAUCGUCUACGAAGUCCAAAGAGAAAGACGCGAAAGAGAAGAAAACGACUAAGAAAUCCAGUAAGUCUUCUAAGAAAAGAAAAGCUUCCCCCUCUGACGAUGACAGUAGCAGCAGUAGCAGUGAUUCCUCAUCUUCGGACUCUGAUAGCGACGACAGGAAGAAGAAACGGAGGAGUAAGACAAAGAAAGCAGACAAAAAGAAGAACAAAGACCAAGAAGAAGAUAUUGGUUUUGUUCAGCCAGCUCGUAAAAAGCUGAAGGCUCAGACGGGUAUUCAAAGUGGAAUGGGCUUAGAGGAUGAGAUGGCGGAGUUUGAGCAGACGAGGAUACGAGCUGGUGAUCCGAUGGCUGCUUUUUUGCCACCGUCGUAAACGGUGAGUGGAGCAUUAACCUUGACCUGAGUUGUGUGAGCUUGGGGAUGAGUGCUUUCAUCACGCAUAUGGAUUUGCUCAACGGAUGAAAGUCUCCGGCGUUCAGCUAUAGCACCCAUUCGCAUUCGUCCUUCAAAAUACUCAACUGCGCUCUGCUCUUUUACUGAGACCGAGACAAACCAGGUAUUUGACCUCAAAACCCUGUACAUGACAUUGGCACGACUAUCCGAGCUACCCCCCGUACAUAUUGGUCCCGAACUUCAUCAACUCAAACUUUUCGAGAAUAAAGUUCUAAAGUUUCCUACUCCAAAAAU